CUUCUUCGAUCCCCUUUUUGAUUGAUUUAAAGACGCGAGAGGUUCACCCUAAACACCAAAUCACAUCACUUUGCUAACCAAACGUCCUCCAAUCUUUAUAAUACUUUCCCUUUGCUUCCGAUUCUUCUUCAAUCUUCAUCCAUCAACUUCUCUUUAAUUUCCUAAAUGUUCUUUUGGUUUAAGCUUUUAUGUUGAUGCAUCUACUCCUACUUCAUUUCUUUUUCUGAUCUCAUUUUCUUUUAAUUAAUUUCUUUUUGGUCCCCCUAAUAAUUCUCACCAUUAUUCUUACACCUUAAUAACACCCUAAUAAAAUCCUCCUAAUUAUGUAAUUUCAACUUUUUUCCCCUUUGAUCUCACCUUAAAAAACCCAAAAAAAAUUAUUUUUUUAGGAAUUAUUUCACAUUAUUAUGAUUAUGUCUAUCUAGUUUUUAGUCCUUUUCUUGUUUUUAAUUUUUAUUGUUAGUCAUUGUGGCUAUAAUUCAAACAAAAGUGUAAACCCAACUUUAUAAAAACCUUUAAAUUAUGUAAGUCUAGCUUCCAUUUUCCUAAAAAAAAACCCGUAAAAACAAAUUUUAUUUUUUAUCUUUGUAUUUUUGUUCUUAAAAAAAACUUCAAAAAAGACAAAAAAAAUGACAGGAACACAGGCAGAAGUGUCUGUGUCAAUACCAGGAACACCAGAAGGAACACCAGCGCCAUUGUUCCCGAGUCGGCGAGUUGACUCACAAUCGUACGAUAGAUCGUCGAUGCCACGGUGUCAAUGCUUACCUGAUGGGUCAUUGGGAUUUGGGCCUGGCCCAGUUCAGGCCUGCCUCUCUGAGUUCAAAGUUCCGGACGUCACCCUCACCCGAAAGCUUGUUGCAGAAUUUGUGGGAACAUUCAUCCUAAUAUUUGCGGCAACAGCGGCUCCAAUCGUGAACGAAAAGUACAACGGAGCAGAGUCGUUGAUCGGAAAUGCAGCGUGCGCAGGACUGGCAGUGAUGAUUAUAAUCCUAUCAACAGGACACAUAUCAGGAGCACACUUGAAUCCGUCUUUAACCAUCGCGUUUGCUGCCCUUCGACAUUUCCCAUGGGUCCAAGUACCAGGCUAUAUUGCUGCCCAAGUUGCAGCUUCAAUUCUGGCUUCUUUUGCGCUUAAGGGAGUUUUUCACCCUUUCAUGUCAGGUGGAGUCACAGUUCCUUCAGUUCAUAUUGGACAAGCAUUUGCCCUUGAGUUUUUGAUUACCUUCAACCUCAUGUUUGUUGUCACUGCUGUUGCUACUGAUACCCGAGCGGUUGGAGAAUUAGCAGGUAUUGCAGUGGGUGCCACAGUCAUGCUGAACAUUCUUGUCGCAGGUCCAUCAAGUGGUGGGUCAAUGAAUCCAGUAAGAACACUAGGCCCAGCAGUUGCAGCAGGAAACUAUAAGGGUGUGUGGAUAUAUUUGUUAGCACCAACUCUGGGUGCACUUGGAGGAGCAGCAAUCUAUAAGCUUGUACAGCUGCACGAGCACGAGGCUGAGCCACCACGCCCUACUCGAAGCUUUCGUCGUUAACCACCACGAAGCAUUCUGCUGUGUUAAUACUCACUUUUAAAUCACUUGUAUAAAAUAAGGCACAAACUAAUGAUGCCAUGAGACUUUGGAUUGAAGCUUUAAGAAAUUAUGCCAAGGAUGACAAAACUAUAUUAUGUCUUACUUGGAAAUACUGUUUUACUUUAUACCUUUUCUUCAAGGAUUUGAUGUUUUUCUUUUUAUGUGACAUAAUGUUGUGUGGUGUAAGUUGCUGAUUUAUGAGAUGUAUGAUAACAACUUUUGUUUGUA